CGCGUUUCCUUGCGUUGGAGUAUCGUACGGCUACGUUCUUUCUCUGAGUUGUAAAUCAAAUUCAAUCCUUCGGUGUUUGUCUUGAUCUUCUAAACUUCGCUAUCACAAGAAGAUGUCGUUGAUCCCAAGCUUCUUCGGCGGUCGACGAGGUAGCGUCUUUGAUCCUUUCUCUCUCGACGUUUGGGAUCCGUCCAGGGACUUCCCAUUCCCUCAACUCUCUCGAGAAAAUUCUGCACUGGUGAACACUCGCGUGGACUGGAAGGAAACACCGGAAGCGCACGUGUUCAAGGCCGAUCUCCCAGGGCUGAAGAAAGAGGAAGUGAAGGUGGAGAUCGAAGACGACAGAGUUCUGCAGAUCAGCGGCGAGAGGAACGUGGAGAAGGAGGAGAAGAACGAUACCUGGCACAGGGUGGAGCGCAGCAGCGGCAAGUUCAUGAGGAGGUUCCGGCUGCCGGAAAGCGCAAAGAUGGAUCAAGUCAAGGCUUCCAUGGAGAACGGAGUUUUGACUGUGACCAUUCCGAAGGAGGCGAUCAAGAAGCCUGGUGUGAAGGCCAUUGAAAUCUCUGGUUGAGAGUUCUGAGUGGUGAGAAACUGCUGCUCUGAGUUGAGACUUGGUACGUGUGUAACAGUAACAGGUAUCGGUGUGCUUGUGUGCUUUGUGAUCGAUCGAGUAGCGUCUGAAGCUCUGCUUUUAUGGCCUUUCUGACUUGAGAAUCUUCCGAUUCCAUUUGAAUAAAAGAUUUUGCGUUGUGCAUUUCAAUUUCA